AUGACUCUCCGUGCCUUGCUGGUCAAGAUGAUCCAGCACAAGUGUCCGCACAUCCAGACCACCAAGUCGGGCAGCAACGGGCACACGGUCAAGGUCCGGCGCAUGGCAUGCAACCACUUGGUCGAGGACCGACCACGACGCCAGGACGAGAAGGCGGAAAGCCGCACCAGCCGGGCCAAGGCCAAACUGAGGGCAAAUCCAUCUCCGUCGAUUCCGACCUCCUCAUCGAUUACAUCAAGCCAGAGCGAGGCGGACCUCCUGGAGGAGUACCAGCACCAGGUGCAGAACCAGAGGGACCGGACGACCAGCACAUGUCAUACUGACUGGUGGCAACAUGCUGGUAAAGAGCACGUUUUUGCUUCCAACUGGAACUUGCUCCAGCCGCUCCUUCUAGGCAAGGAGACUCCUGUAGACUUGGUUCAGGUAGCACGUAAAUUAGCAGCCUUGGAACAUGGCCUCGAGAGUGACGACGUCUACAUCUACAACCUCCGAGACCAACGAGCCGCGACACGGAGAACGCUGGAGAACUACUGGGUCCAACUUCACGAGCACCAUCAGGACAUCCCCAAGUUCGAGCGAGUUCAACCUCAACAUCCUCUUCAUACCGUCUUGCCCAUUGAGGAGGAGGCUCUGCCCGAGGACGAGAAUAUCCCCAACGGCGCCGAGGACGAGCAAGGACAACCAGCCGAAGACGAGGACGCCAGUACGGUGCCGUUACCAGGCAGCCGUGCCAGGACUCUUCAACAGUUGGUUCAGAAGGCUCAUGAAGGACUCGGGCAUCCACACUUGGAACAGUUCCUUCGAAUCCUCAAAGGCGCCAAGGCCACCAAAGAAGUCAUUCAGGCGGCUAAGCAGCUUCGAUGCAGUGUGUGUCAGAAAUUUAGCCAGACCCGACCUCCGAGACGAGCUGCCCCACCGCGCGAACUCGGCAUCAAUGAGGUCGUGGGCGCGGUCUGGAGGAAGUUCUUUGGACCCCCCAAACAGGUUUGGGCUGACCAAGGAGGUGAAUUCAAAGGGUCGUUCAAACAGCGCCUCUCUGAUGAUGGCACGCACCUUGAGGUGAGCAGCCUGGAAUCACCAUUCCAACGGGGCACGGUAGAGCGCCACGGAAAGACCUUCAAGGCCAUCCUGGAAAAGACCAUGCUCGAUGUGCAGUGCGACAACCACGCGACGUGGCGAGAGUUGGUGGACACGACUGUCAUGAUCAAAAACCGUUUGGCCACUCGAGGAGGUUUUUCACCAGUACAACGUGUUCUAGGCUAUCUACCACGGCUACCUGGAGGCUUGAUGACGGACGAGGGCACGAAUUCCCCCGACGCUGGCGAUCUCGAUCCUGGCGACGAAGGAGUUGCACGAGCCAUGAGGAUGCGGAAAGCCGCAGCUCAAGCAUUCUACGAGGUGGAUUGCGACCAAGCACUGAAGACCACUCCGCAGGACAUCGUCAACCACAACGGAGGACUUGUGAAGGCUUCCCCGGAGCGCAUCAGGCCUGCCAGCGAAGAAGAACAACUCACGGUCUCCGGAUGGCUGGAAGGGCUUGUUCGAGCACGACGCGAGUUCGAAGAGGACAACGAGGAAGACGCGGACCGCGAUCCUCUGGUUCCAGUUCGGCGAGCCCGUGCCAAGGUCUCCACCGAGGACGUACCUUUUGAACGUGUUCCCCUACCAGCUCCAGUACCACCACCAGCGGCGGCGGCAUCCGAGAUGGACACCAAGGCGGCGAUGGACAACGACCACGAGGCGGACGAGCACGAUCCGACGUCAAGGCCAUCGGCGACAAGAACGAGAGACAGUGUCGACGACGAGAACGACGAAGAGUCCGGCGAGAGACCGUCAAAGAGGUCUCGGAUCGAGCUCCUGGAGGUGUACUAUGCCAAGCUGGAAACGUUGUUCAAGACGAGACAACGAAAGGAGGUGCGCGCAAAGGACUUGCCGGAGCCGGAUCGCCAAGCAUUCCAGCGCGCCAUGGCACGGGAGAUUCGCAACAACCUGGACACCAAGGCCUACCAGAUCCUGGACGAGGUCGAGAGCGAGAUCAUCCGAGGUACGAAGCCAGAUCGUAUCAUGGAGUCCCGCUACGUCAAGACCGCGAAGCCUCUGGAACAGUGCGACAUCGACAAGGCUGUCAUGGAUGGUGUCCUGCUCCAGGGUGACCACGGCGGGCCAUGCAAGGCGAAGGUCCGACAUGUCAUGAAGGGCUUCUCUGAAGAUGGAGCGGAGGAACUGGACUCAGCCACUCCUCAGGUGACCCGCGAAGGCUGGGAUCGUUUGAAAGGUAUCAUUUCAGUAGCCACCGAUGAUCUGCUGCAUGGUGGCGAUGAAGAGCAUCAAGAACGCAUGAAGAUCUUGAAUGAGAAGUACAAGCUUGGCAAGUUUCAGUACGGCAGUGGAAGGUUUGCCGGCAAACAGUUCUCUCCCCAACCCGAUGGCAGCAUCCUGAUCGAUCAGGAGCACUAUGUCAAGGAGAAGGUUCAGAACAUCAGCCUGUCCCGAGUCCGUCGCAGUCAACGAUACUCGUUUUGCAACGAGACAGAGAUUGGAUGGCUUCGAUCUCUUGUCGGAGCUCUUUCAUGGUUGGCUAAGGAAACCAGACCGGAUCUGAGCGGCAGGGUGGCCCUACUUCAACAAAGCUUCCCGAAACCUCGGAUCAAAGACAUCCUGGCAGCCAACAUCAUGGCCAAUGACGCGGUCAAGAAUCAUACUGGCAUCAAGGUGAUGCCGAUUCCCUUGGAAAAGCUUCGGGUCAGUGUGGCAACGGACGCAUCCUGGGGAAACGCUCAGGACGAUCAGACUCGGGAGGCCAACGACGUUGACUACUGGGUGGAAACUCCCAAACAUUGGGUGCGUUAUCAUCGACGACCGCGACGAUCAGUGUACCACCCCGGCAUGAGUGAUGGUGGUCCAGACCUACAUCAACUGUCAGGAAUGAGAGUCACCAAGCUGCGGUACGUUGAUGGCGAGGAGACCGAACAUCGCGAUGAGUGGAAUAAGGUCGUCAACACCUUGUCCGCUGAGUGCCAGUCCCUGGUGGCCGGCAUUGGGAAUGUUCAUUGGCACCGCUUUCUGAUGAAGGAGGCGCAGGAGUCUCCCAUCACAGACCAGGACUGGGAAGCACAGCUGUCUAG